UGGGUGAGAGAGUAACCUUGACCACCCCAGGUCAUUACCAAGCAGAAAAGGCGGAAGACAGAAACCUCCUCGCAUUCAUUCGCAGCAGUCGGCGCCUCCUCACUCGCGCUGCCUCGCAUUGGGAUUCUACUUACUACCCCCGAACGGAUUGUUGAAGUUACCGUUAAAAGACUGCGGAAACCAGAAAAAAUGACCGUCCUGUUGAUCGCAGUUACGUUUUUGACUCUGUCAGCCACAAUUGUUGAAGGUCGCGUGACAUUCGUAAAGAGCACUGGUUUAAGUUACGGGGGUUACUCCUACUUUACCAUUCGGAACGUGUCGUUACAUGAAUGUCAAAGAUGGUGCCGAGAUGAUACAGAAUGUGAGGCAGCUGCUUUUGAUUAUGCUGCGAGGCCUCAGGAUGGACUUCCGGAGACCACGUGUACUCUGCAGAAUGACACCAUGGCAGGCAAGACGAACAUUGCCCCGAAGAGAGGAAGACACACCUAUUACUUAACGAAGAUGCAUAUCAAUUCCGAUCAUCUCUGCGAUCGAUUGUGGUCCUUCGAGUGGAUUCCAAACAAGAUUCUGCGUGGUUUAGACAAUGCCAUAAUUUUCACCUCAAAUCGUGAAUCUUGUCUGUCUGCCUGCUUGUCGGAAGUACGUUUUGUCUGUCGAUCCGUGGAAUUCAACAUGGUUACUCAUGAAUGUCAUUUGAGUGAAUUCGAUCGCCGCUCGCCUGGGGCAAAUGUCCAUCUCGUAGAUUCCCAAGGUGUAGAUUACCUGGAAAAUUUUUGUCUUCAGUCGUCUAUGGUAUGCCCUGGUCCUAAGCAUUACAAUUACCUCCAAGUUGGUUUAUCUCAAGCAGCAAUCACCAGCUAUGUCCAAUUCAAUUAUUACCCAGAUAAACAGAUUGUGGUUAAUAGUAGACAAGACUGUCUGCAGCAGUGUUCCACGGAAGAGGUUUUCAUUUGUCGGUCAGUCCUGUUCAAGCCAGAUUCUCGACCAGGUAAAGCACUGUGCGUCUUAUAUCAUUUGGAUCAUACAGCAUUCCCGGGUGGUCCAGAUGAUCUUUCCACGGCAAGUCCUCAAAUGGUCAUCGGCGGUGAAAGGUCUCGUUUUUAUUUGGAAACCGUUUGUGGUGCAGCUCCAUCUGAAGGUGCAUUUGGUCAAGUUCCAGAGCAAAGACCCGAACAACGACCAGACAUGAUGCAUGAUAAUACUACACCAAAGACUGCAGCUAUGAUGGCAGAUGAAAAUGAUCCUUCUUGCGAUGCUUAUGGUGUUUGCUAUGAUGUGAAAAUCCGAUGCAGCGAUACGAAAAUCGUAGUAUUUGUGGAGACAUCCAGGCCUUUCCAUGGUCGAGUGUAUGCCCUGGGAAGAAGCGAAACUUGUAAUGCUCAUAUCCACAACAGCCAAAACUUUCAACUGGAUCUCUCUCUGUCUGGACAAGACUGCAACACCCAAUCACUGGCUGGCGUAUACACGAACACAGUAGUCCUGCAGCAUCAUAAUGUUGUACUUACAAAGGCAGACAAGAUGUACAAUGUUCGCUGUACCUAUGAAACCACAUCCAGGAACGUAUCUUUUGGCAUGAUUCCUGUAAGGGAUCCUGCUACUCUCGAAGUUUCGGGAGCCCCUGAAGCACCUCUGCCUCAAAUUGUUAUCCUUGGGCAAGAUGGCCGAGAAGCAAGCACAGUGCGCAUUGGUGAUAGACUCACUUUCCACAUUGAGAUACCAGAAGAUACUCCUUACGGAAUAUUUGCUCGAAGCUGUUUCGCUAUGGCCAAAGACGGAAGAAGCACUUUCGAAAUCAUCGAUGACAGGGGAUGCCCUGUAGAUCCUGUGAUAUUUCCUCGAUUUUUGCAAGUGGGUGACGCUUUGGAAAGUUCUUAUGAAGCCUUCCGUUUCACAGAAUCCUAUGGUGUUAUAUUCCAGUGUAAUGUCAAAUACUGCGUUGGAAAAUGUGAACCAGCAUUAUGCGGUGAUUAUUUGAGCUUGUCUCGUGAGGAAUCCUGGGGUCGUAAGAAACGUUCAACAUCAGAAAACGAGCCUCUCCAAGACGAAAUGACUCUCAGCAAAGAAAUUCUGGUUCUUGAUUUUGGAGACGAAGGCGUUUCUACAUCUUUGCACCACACUCCUCACUCUGCAAAUGAAACUUUCGCUGUUCAGCAUUCAGUUGGUAUUUUGGAAGAAUGUGCUUCCCGAACAUCGGUAAUGGCACUUGGAGUUACAACAGCGCUUCUUCUGGUCAUCUAUAUUUGCACUGUGGCUUAUUUCGUAGCUCACCAAAGAGCUGAAAAGGAAUUCAGGGCCUAAAAAGUUAAUCUCUAUAAAAAAAAACAUUUUGUUCCUUUAAAAGAAUGGUGAAACAGUCUUAGGAUGCCCAUCCUAUUAAUAUUAUGUCUCAGAAUGGGUGAAAGAAAGACUUAUUUUCAAAACAUUCUGUGACGAUCAGGAAGGUAAUCGGACUUAGUAUUAUGUUUAAUUGUAAAUCUCUUUUAUUAGAGUAUAUAUGAUUUUGCAUUAACAUAUAUAUUUCGAGCAUGGUUUCAGGUUAGUAAAUAAGUUUCCAGAUUUGUUGAAGUCAAAACCUGAUGUAAAACUAGGGGACUCAUCGUAGUUAUUGCUCGAGAUAAAUUUUGUAGCAAUUUAAAAAAAAAUUAAGUUUUCAUGUAAAUAUUUUCUGUCUACACAUCACUAGAAAAUUCUUAAAACAAACAGAAAACGAUUUUAAGAAACUGAGCAAAUAUUACAUAUCACAGUAAGAUUAAUUUCCUCUUAAGUUAACUGUUAUUUCACUGAAAUUUUUUAGUUACGUACCAUUCUCAGAGAUGACUUUAAACUAACGUUUAGACAUAUGACUUAUCAUUGAUUUAACAUAUCUGUGCUGUGAAAAUUUUAUGUUUAAAUCUGUUAUUAGUAUAAAAUUUCAACUGAUUCCGUUAUAAAUGAAACAAUAGCUUUAGCUUACCUUGCAAUGAUUCUUUCUGCAUGAAUUUUCUCUAGCAAUGCCAUUAGUAAACGUUAAGCUUAAUAUAAUUGAUUCAGAAGGUAUUGUUUACGUCCAUUCAAUUAUACCGCUCUGUAAUAUUGCCAAGAUUAAUUUAUAUUUAUUUAUUUAUUUAUUCUGUAUUCAUCAGUAUGUUUUUGUAUAUUCAUUGUGAGCGUUUAUUUAUUAUUUUCAUCGCGCAUGUUCCAUAUUUAAGGUCAGUUUCAAUCAUUCACUUUGUGCCUUCCUAACAUAAAUGUAUGUAAAAAUAAUGGUCAUGUUCUUGAAAGGCUGGUUAAUGGUUUUUAUUUUCUGUGAUAGCACUAUGAGCAAAUAAAAAUGGUUAUAUAAAAGCGGUGAUAAAAUGAAUAUUUUUCUGCUCAUUUUUUACCUUAGUUUAGUUAAACCUAUUAAACAUGUUGAGCUAAAAAUUAAAAACAUGUUUACUUUGUGAAAAUAUAUAUGAAUUGUUACAUUGCAUGACUACUUGCACUGAAGUUAUGCAUUGAUUUAAAGAAGGAUAAUAUCUUAUAUCUUUGAAACUAAGUAUAUAAAUACUGCUUUGGGAAUUACUUUGAAAACUGCUAUAAAUUGUAUUAAAGUUAUUGCUUCUGUUCUGUUGUACACGAAUAAUUAUUAUCCACCAAAAUAGGAAUAUAAUUAUUGACUCUGCAAUAGUCUUUGUAAUCCCUUUAAUUUUGGUUUUACUUUUGUAACAUUUUAAAUAUUUCAAUAGUUACAUUAAAAACAGUUGUUUUAAAAAUCACCGCUUUUGGAUAACCCUGAAAAUUUAAGCAUAGUGCUAGGGUUAGUGAAUAAUUUUAAUGGGUGCAAAGAUUUAUUUAUGCUACCUUUGUUGAUAGCUUUGCUAAUUUUAUUUUAUAUGUUUAUUUAUUUAUGUGUAAUGUAUAUGUCUUAUUUUUAAAAAUUUAUAAUAAAAAUAUCACUUAUA